AAUGGAGAGUAGGAAGGUUAUGAUCAGUUUGUUAUCAUAUUUUCGCUAUUUUCUCAUUCUGUUCAUUCAGAGGAAUGUUCGCCUAAGGGUGAAAUAUGUUGUACGCCUGGGAAAGAAACAUGUGAGACAGAUGAUAAGCCUUGCUGACAGACUACAGACUUGGAAUGCUUCUAUGAAUCCUGAUCAACUAUUUUCGACACAACAGCAAGAGUUCGAAUGACCAAAAUAACCCCAAGAAUGUGAACACGUGUCAUUAAACAUCAUCUGAAUUUUGUUGCCGAGAAAAGUUGUGGGAUAACAUCUGUGGUACGAAGCGUAAUAUACACACAAAGCAAGGUCAAUGUCAGAAAAAAUAAUCUUACACCGCAAGAAAAUUGUGUCAUUAUUAGAUCGCUUGCUCAGGCAAUUGAGCACCACCCUCGUUUCUGUUGAAUUUCUCAGAGCUCCACUGAAACUUUUUUCUGUUUCUUCUUUCUGCUUAAGAAAUUUCGUAACCCUAGAUCUAGAAUCAUAAUGGCGUCAAGAAUUGCUGCAAGGUAUGUUUCACGAAGGAUGUCAAGCGGUGGAAGAGUUUUAGGCGAGGAGGAAAGAGCAGCUGAAAAUGUCUACAUUAAGAAAAUGGAGAAAGAGAAGCUGGAGAAGCUUGCACGCAAGGGCCCUGAAAAUGCAACCCCAUCGGCUCCUGUAUCUGAAGCAACUACUGCAGCUUCCACACCAAGUGCUGCAGCUUCCUCAACUUCGAAGACAUCAACUGACAAGAACCGAAACUAUGGAGUUAUUGCUGGUGUUGUAGCUGGACUCGGUGGUCUAGGUUGGUAUCUCAUGGCAAGUUCCAAGAAGCCAGAAGCUCAAGAGCAGGACUAAGGAUAGUGUUACACCUAGGAGGGAAACAGUUAGAAAGCAUGCUUCACUCAUUUUCAGAACUUCUUUUUGUGGAUAUGGAAAAUCUGAUGUCACUUUCACAGCACAAAUUUUAUUUUGAUGAUGUUUCCCUCAUUUCUGAACUAAUUUUGAGGAAAAGGAAAUCCUGAUUUCAGUCUGGAAUUAUGUCUGUUUUGCUGCA